GACAAAGAAACAAGAUCCACCAAACGUUUUCUCCUCUUGAAUCUGUAUAUUUAUCUUUUCAAAUUAGACAAAUCACAAACCAAUUCAUCUCCCUCUUCUUCUUCCUCCUCCUCUCUUCAGAUAAACCCUCUGAGUCUGGUCUGUUUCAGACAAGAGCGCAACAAUGGCGUUCGCGGGAACUACCCAGAAAUGUAUGGCUUGUGACAGAACCGUUUACCUCGUCGACAAGUUAACCGCCGACAACCGUGUUUAUCACAAGGCCUGUUUCCGGUGUCAUCACUGCAAAGGAACUCUCAAGCUUAGCAAUUACAACUCCUUUGAAGGAGUUCUCUAUUGCAGGCCACAUUUCGAUCAACUCUUCAAAAGAACCGGAAGUCUUGAGAAAAGCUUCGAAGGGACACCGAAGAUUGUAAAACCUGAAAAACCAGAUGGAGAGAGGCCUGCAACGAACAAAGUGUCAAGCAUGUUUGCUGGAACCCGAGAAAAAUGCGUUGGCUGUGACAAAACUGUGUAUCCCAUCGAAAAGGUUUCGGUUAAUGGAACUCUGUACCAUAAGAGCUGCUUCAAGUGCACACAUGGAGGAUGCACCAUCAGCCCGUCAAACUAUAUUGCUCACGAGGGCAAACUCUACUGCAAGCAUCACCAUGUUCAACUCAUCAAGGAGAAGGGGAACUUGAGCCAGCUCGAGGGCGAUAAUUCCACUAAGGAGAAUACUGCUUCUUAGGCGAAUGAAUUUAUCGCCCUCUUCUGCUUCAUUUAUCGGUGUCUUUUCCAUAAAUAUGCUUAUCAGACUUGCUCUGGUUUCUUGAGAUGGAAAAUGUGGUUGUAUGCUUCUGAGAAAUUCUCUGUUUUUUCGGCCAUUGAGAAGCUCUGCUUCGCUGUAAGCAAUCAUUAUCUGGAACAAGUAUCAUCAUCUUCUGCAUUAUUUGUACCGGCAUUUUGAAUCCUUUCUUGUCACCUGUCACCUGAGUUUCAAGACAAGAUGACAUAAGGCACA